AGCAGAGGUUGGCCCCGGCAAGAUGGCGGCCCCCUUGGAGCUCAGUUGCUGGGGAGGGGGCUGGGGGCUCCCGUCGGUCCACAGCGAGUCCUUGGUGGUCAUGGCUUACGCCAAAUUUUCUGGCGCACCCUUGAAAGUCAGUGUCAUAGAUAACACCUGGAGAGGUUCAAGAGGAGAUGUACCAAUUUUGACCACUGAAGACAAGAUUGUUUCUCAACCAGCAAAAAUACUGAACUUUUUAAGAAAACAGAAAUAUAAUGCUGAUUAUGAACUCUCCGCAAGACAAGGGGCAGAUACCCUGGCUUACAUUGCUCUCCUUGAAGAGAAGCUUCUUCCUGCAGUGCUUCACACAUUCUGGGUUGAAAGUGACAAUUACUUUACCGUGACAAAGCCAUGGUUUGCUUCACGAAUUCCCUUUCCCUUGAGUUUGAUCCUUCCUGGAAGAAUGUCUAAGGGAGCACUGACUAGGAUUCUCCUGACCAGAGGAGAGCCUCCCCUCUACCACCUCCGAGAAGUGGAAGCACAGAUAUACAGAGAUGCCAAGGAGUGCCUAAAUCUUCUGUCAAACAGAUUGGGAACAUCUCAGUUUUUCUUUGGAGAUACGCCUUCUACCUUGGAUGCCUAUGUGUUUGGUUUUCUCGCACCUCUUUAUAAAGUACGCUUCCCUAAAGUUCAGUUACAAGAACAUUUGAAACAGCUCUCCAACCUGUGUCGCUUUUGUGAUGACAUCCUCAACACUUAUUUUAGGCUUAGUCUUGGAGGCAUCUCUCCUGCUGGACAAGAAACGGUAGAUGCAAAUCUGCAGAAACUCACACAGCUUGUAAAUAAGGAAUCCAACUUGAUUGAAAAGAUGGAUGACAAUCUUCGCCAAAGCCCUCAACUUCCUCCUCGGAAAUUGCCAACACUUAAAUUGACUCCAGCAGCAGAAGAAAGCGAUUCCUUACAGCGGCUAUCACCCUGACAGACAGCAUGCUUUGUGUCAAAGUCAUAUGAUCAUUGCAGUAAUCUCUUAUACUAAUUGUGUGAAAACAAAAAGAAAAUGCUGCUAAUAGGUAUGAGGAAGACUCUAAAGCAAGAGAAACUUUCUGUGACAUCUAUUUUUUUAAAUUAGGAAGCUUGUCUUUUAGCUGGCAAUGCACUUUAAAUACCACCAAAAUAAAUACUAAAUGAACUUGGAGGGGGGGGAGGGGGGAAGAAAACAUAAUGUACUGUAUAUAUUUAAAAAACAACAACCAGUCUUAAUCUUGGCAGAUGUUUGCCUUUUGCAAAGAAAAAUUACUUAUAAGAGAAUCUUAUUUUAGUGGCUGAGGUGCUUCUGUUGUGCUAAAACAUGGUUCACAUGUUGCUGACCAAAAGCUACAAUUCUGUUCUGAAUAUGCACUCUUAAUUUAUUCAAGCUAAUUUAUUAAUUUUAGUUUUCUUAAAGCAGUAUAAAUAACUAAUAUGUGGUCCUAUGGCUGAGGCCUUUUACUUCUUUUUAGAAAUUAGAUGCCUAAUUUUAGACGUUAGGAAAAAUAUAUUAUCCUAAUAUUCUAUUUACUUCCAUAGAAAAGCCUGUAUUUAAUUGUAAAAAGCAAUGAGGAAUGUGCUUUUUAAUUAUGCUCUCAUAAGACUAAUCGUUUGGGGGGUUAGUACCAUAUGUAAAUAUUAAAAGUGGUUAUAUAAAUAUAAACCUGACCAUAUGCACUUCAGUAUUACAUUAGUAUUUGUUGACAUGUUCAAUCUAGGUUAGUAAGGGCUCUUUUAGUUUAUUGGGUGAAUGUGGCAACUUUAGACCUUUGUAUUUUAGUAUAUCUUUAACUUUGGUCAUCUCUUUCUGGAAUUGAUUUCAGGAGAACUGAAUGUGUUGUUCAUCGUUAUUAUGCCAGGCUGUAAAGUUUUAUUGAAACUUGUCCCUUUCUUAGACACUACUGAAAAGGAACCCCACUAGAGUAAUAGAAGUACCUACUGUGUGCCAGUCCAAGUUCAUCAUGCUUGGCUCACACCAGUGCUCUUUCAUAAUAAGCAUAUCAUGUAAUUAAAAGUUUCAUGACAACUAAUUAUUUUUUAUGUAGUUUAACUAUAGUUAAAGGAUCCAGUGGAAUAAUUGGGAAUAGCAGUACAUUUUUAAGCAUAUUUUCUAUUUAUUGGAUGCUGAACUGUUAAAGGAUUUGCUGUGCAAGUAAUUUUACUUAUAAUAGAAUCUUACUUUAGUGGCUGAGGUGCUUCUGUUGUCCUAAAACCACUUCUGGGAUUUUUAAAAUAUAGGACCCUGUGUUUGAUUAGUGUCUUAAAAGAUUACUAUGGUGCUCAGCAAACCUUAUCACAUCCUGCAGAAACCCACAGGCUAAGAAAACAGCUUUGCAGUCAAGACUUAUCUCAUGUGAGCUCAUUUGUGUUUGACCUGCAUCCUCUCAAUUUGUUCUGUAUUUCAGUAACUAUUUAUGUAGGAGUCUUUAAAUAUUUUUUUUUUAUCAAUAUUUCUUUUUAAAAGUGAGAAACAAGGUGGUCUUCAAUAUCUUGUUCAUCUGUUUGGAUGCAUUUAGGUAAAGUAACUAAUGAAUUUCAUGUAAGUUUUGCAACAGGUGGGAGAGAGUGAAUGUGCACACAUUAUGCAUUAAUCUUCUUUAGUUUCCAGCAAUCCAAAAUCCAUAUGAAUAUUUCUACAUUAGAAAUCAUGACCAGAGGGCUUUGUGUUGUCUUCUAGGACUGAUGUAUGUUGGAGGAGGUUGGUUAGCACAUUGACUAGACAUCUGUUUAUGCUUUAGUCAGGGUUCGUCAUUUUCAUUAUGAUUUGUAUUAAAAUUUCCAAAACGCAUUUGAAGUGGCUUACAAUUGUCAAACACAUGUAAAACAGGCAAUAAAAAUAAAAAUUUAAAAAAAUAAAAAAUUUGUGGGAGAAAGAGCUAUCCCAACACUAACAGAUUAUAAAAUUGAAUGGUAAAUUUAAUUCCAAAUUUCUCUAUAGGCAAAGUAAAGAAAUAAUACUGGGCUAUGUAAGUUUUUAUGUCAAUAAAACCACUAAUGGCCAUGAAUAACAAAAAUGUGUUUAAGUUUUUAUAAGAAUGUGGGAGCUCAUGCUCUUACAACACAGACUUCAGCCGAUAAGCAUACUGUAAGAUUUCAUGUGUUGAAAGUUUAAUCAAAAGACAUCAUCUAUAUAUAUAAAAGCCUAAGUGACCGUU